AUUUUCAGAAAAUGGGUAAAGACGAUAAAGAAGAAACUGGUUUCGGCUUCAAGGACAAAGCGAAGGCAGAGGAGACCCUUCGUCUUCUAGAAGAACAUGAUAUGAACUACCGAAGACUGACUGUCAGGGGUCUUCUAGGACGAGCCAAAAGAGUACUUUCGAUGACGAAAGCUGAAGACAAAAUAAAGAACAUAAAAGAAGCGAUGGAGGUCUUUGAAGCUUGGCUCGCAGACCUUGACAAGAAUAAGGACAAGAAGACUGAUAAGAAAGAGAAGGUGAAAGAGAAACAAAAAGAAGAUAAGAAAGAAGAUGACAAUGCUAGCAGUUCUGAUGUGGAGAUGGAAGAGAAACCGAAGGAUAAAAAGGAGUUGCCAGCAGAGACUGUGCCAGGUUUAGGAUUCAAAGAUAAGGAGACAGCGGAAAACACAGUCAAAGAGCUUGAAGGACGCGACCCGGACUAUCAGAAAUUGGCCGUAAAAGGACUCCUUGGAAGGGCGAAGCGGGUUCUUACUUGUACCCGCGAUGAAACAAAACUUUCAAAUAUUAAAGAAGCGAUGUCAUUGUUCGAGAAGUUUCUGGACGACUUCGAUACACUCCACAUGAGCAAACAGAACAAUCCUUAUCUGCCACUGGGAAUUGUUCGUACGUGCCUCGAGCUAGCAGGAGGCACGGUCACUGACCAACAGAGAUCGUUUAUAGCAGCAUACAGUAGCGUGGGGGGACAGUACAAGCGUCUGCGAACAGUGGCAGAAAAAGAAGAUGGAAAGACUUGGGACAUUGUUCGUAACCAGGCACUGAAAGAGUUAAAAGAGAAGCACGCCGAUGUAAAACUGUUCAAUGAUAAAGAAGAACCAACUAAUGAACAUUUAGAAAUGUUACUAUGGGCGUACUCUCCAGAAGCGGCGAGAGUUAAGAAAUUGAUACCGGAAACAGAAGAUAAGAGUAAGUCAGAUGACCGGAAGAGACGUCACAGUGAAGACGAUUCGCCUAGCAAGAAGAAAAAGGAGUGAUUUUGUAUUUAUUUAAUAAAUGAAUUAAAAUUUUGAA